AUGGUGCGUUCGCCUUAUGGGAACGGUUAUCACUAUGGGGAUAAUGUGCUUUCUGGAGAAUUUUCAUUUACUGCAGCUGAGUCUGGUGAUUACACUGCUUGUUUUUCUUUGGCAGCGCCCGACCCCGCGGAAACUGUCACCGUUGAAUUUGUUUGGAAAACUGGGGUUGCUGCCAAGGACUGGAAUAAUGUUGCCAAGAAAGGGCAGAUUGAUGUUAAAGGGAGGCUAGGAGGAAUGAAGGUUCUAGUGUUAGUGGAUUGCGGAGCAUCAGCAAAUUUCAUCUCAAAAAAAUUGGUUAACCACCUCAAGCUGGAAGUAAGUGAGAUAGCAGAAUUUAUAGUUGACGUAGAGACGGGGGAUAAGUGGGAACAACUAAAAGAGAAAAGAGUGAUAAAGGGUGACCCCUCCCUCUAUAAAUCUCAAGCUUCGUGGAAAGCUAUGGUGAAGACUCUCAAUGAUAAAGGAGAAGGGUUCAUGCUAUCUUAUCAAAAUCGCUCAACUAUAGACAUGGAAAUAGGAUUUGUUCUACUGAAGGAAUGCAGCGUUUUUACCUUGCUGGUAGAGAGAGAGUGGGAAUUUCCUUUUAGCUGGAAAAAGAACCAUUGGGGUGGGGGGAGGGGGAUUGAGGCUUGGGAGGGGUUUUGGGAAACAGUGGGAUAG